UUUACACUCAUCAUCACCACUAGCAAUUCAUUCCUUCCUCAAACUCUCAUGAAGCCAGCUCAGUGGGUUUCAGAGCAUAAGCUCACUACCAUUGGGGCACUGUGGGCUACAGGUGUUGGAGCAUCACUGAUGGCAUAUGCACGCACAAAGUCUCGUAUGAAACCAAGCCUAAGGCUUAUCCAUGCUAGGUUGAAUGCACAAGCUUUUACUGUAGCAGUUCUAUCAGGUGCAGCUGCAUAUCACUACUAUGCUAAUAUUAAUAACGAUCAGAAUCGUUCUGUUGAUGAGGAUAUUCAAAUUAGACCAUCUUCUUCACCCAAUGUUAAAGAGUUCGUUGAAUGGGACCUACAUUCUCCUUUCUAAAAUUUAUAUAUGCUUCUUCAAUUCGAAUCUAUGUUAUAUUGCUGCAUUUUCGCCAAGAAAUUAAUUACUAACAAGCUUGUCAAGUGUCCUUGUGUAUAUAAGUUCUCUGAGAAUUAAAUCUCUGCAUUAGUUUUAUAAAGUUUCAUUCCUCAAUUGCAUAAUUCCAAGUGUAAUCAUACAAAAUAAAUACAUAAAUAAGGAGGAGGAAGAAGUGAAGUAUAUAUGUAGGAGCAAACUGCAAAUUAAAAUGCUUA